AUGAUGACUUCUACUGCCUUGGUUUAUAUGAUGACACCUGCUUUAGCCUUUUUCUACGGUGGACUUGUUGAUAUUAAAAAUAUCCUGAAUCAAUUAUUUUUGUCUAUUAUCUGUAUGGGUAUAGUGACAACUCAGUGGUGUCUGUUCGGAUUCUCAUUUACUUUUGGACCUGGCAAUAAUGCUUUCGGUUCAUUUAAUUAUGGUGCACUACGUUUUCCAGAUCAAACAGAUUUAUACGGUUCGAAUGGUGAUCCGAUAAAUUCACCGACAUUUUCACUACUAACAUUUACAGCGUACGAAGCUGCAUUCGCGGUCAUUACACCUGCACUCAUCAGCGGCGCAAUCGUUGGAAGAAUGAAACUGGUGCCGUAUUUGAUAUUUAUCUUCUUGUGGACAACAUGUUGUUAUGAUCCAUUGGCUAGAUGGAUCUUUUUCAGUGGUGGAUGGUUACACACAUAUGGCACACUGGACUUUGCGGGUGGAACUGUUGUACACAUUUCAAGUGGAGUGUCAGGUUUAGUAGCAUCAUUAGUGUUAGGAAAACGUCAUGAUUACGAUCCAAAAAAAAUUGAUAUUCCACACAACUUGCCAUUCACAGUAUUAGGAACGGGUCUUCUUUGGAUCGGAUGGAUAGGAUUUAAUGGUGGCUCGUCACUGGCAGCUAACGGUGUAGCUGCUUUAGCAAUGGUGAAUACGAAUACGGCUGCAGCUUCGAGUCUCAUGACAUGGGUGAUUAUUGAUGCAGUAAGAGGAACCGUAUCCAUAUCUGGGGCGUGUUCAGCCAUUGUUGUUGGUUUAGUAACGAUUACUCCAGCUGCAGGCUACGUUCAACCUGGAUGGGCUUUAUUAAUGGGUGUUAUCGGCGCAGUGUGCGUUUAUUGUGCGUUAAAAGUGAAAAAACGUUUUCUGUAUUUUGAUGAUACUUUAGACACUUUCUCAUGUCAUGGGAUAGGCGGAAUAGUAGGUGGAUUUAUGACAGGUUUAUUUUGUCAGGCGGAAUUAAAUUCGGGUGGGUACAACGGCGCAUUCUAUGGUAAUCCUCGUCAAAUGUGGCUUCAACUUGCAGGGAUCCUUACCGGUACCGUAUUUUCGGCAGCGUGUACAGCUGGUAUACUGCUACCAAUGCAUCUUCUAUUUGGGAUAAAACUUGAUAUUAAAGAUCAAGUUGUCGGUAUGGAUCGUGUGGCACACGGUGAGUCGUGGGCAAUAGAAAUAAUAACGAGUAACGAAGUAGCAACAAAUACUCCAACAUCAAUUCAUCCUGAUACUCCGCAAUACACGUGGCCACCAUUAAGUAAUAAUCAGAAUUCCAGAAGAAAAAGACUUUUUCCCUUGUUUCGUAGACAUCAUCGGCUAAGCAGUCAGAUUAACAGAACAUCACUAGCACCAAAAAGCGAUCAGCAACAUCAGAAUUUGGACGUUCUCAAAAGUGAAGUACUUUAA